GGAGGCAGGCAAGAUGGCGCCGGUGGAGCACGUGGUGGCCGACGCCGGGGCCUUCCUGCGCGGGGCCGCGCUGCAGGAGAUCGGUCGGCAGAUCUACACGACCCGCGAGGUGGUGGCCGAGAUCCGCGACAAGGAGGCGCGGCGCCGCCUGGCCCUGCUGCCCUUCCCGCUCCGCUUCAGGCAGCCCGGCCCGGACUACGUCCGCCUCGUGACCGAGUUCUCCAAGAAGACCGGCGACUACCCCAGCCUCUCGGCCACGGACCUCCAGGUGCUGGCCCUGACCUACCAGCUGGAGGCCGAGCAUGUCGGGGUGGCCCACCUGAAGAAGGAGCCGGCCCAGAAGGUCACACACAGCACAACAAACCGGCAUCCUGAGGCACCCGUUCAUUUGGCUGGUUUCCAUCUUCCUUCUAAGGCCAGGCACCCAGAGGAGGAAAAGAGCCCUUCAGUCGUAGCAGAUCCAGAACAGGGAGUCCCCGCCAGGGCUGAAGAGGCUGCGUUUGGCUCCUUUGUUUUCUGGAGAACCCCCUUGCCCAGUAUUGAGGCGGACCUCCUGGAAUUGCUGGAAGCAUCUGCAGACGCCAUUGAGCCAGAAGACCCUGCAGGAGGCCAAGAGAGCACAGAGGAGGAGGAGGAGGAGGGUUGGAUCACACCCGGCAACAUCCAGCAGAUCCAGCAGGACGCGGGGCAAGGGGCUGAGCCUGUGGGUGUGCAGGUUGGCUGCCUGACCACUGACUUCGCCAUGCAGAACGUCCUGCUGCAGAUGGGCUUGCACGUUCUGGCUGUGAACGGCCUGCUGAUCCGCCAUGCCCGAAGCUAUGUCCUGCGCUGCCACGGCUGCUUCAAGACAACGUCAGAAAUGACGCGGCUCUUCUGCCCCCACUGCGGGAACAAGACCCUCAAGAAGGUGGCUGUGACCGUAGAUGGCGAGGGCAACCUGCGCUUGCACUUCUCUCGCAACCCAAAGGUCCUGAACCCGCGUGGGCUCCGGCACUCCCUUCCUGUUCCCCGAGGGGGCAAACACGCAAGCAACCCCCACCUGGUAGAGGACCAGCGCUUCCCCCAGCAACGGCUCUCCCGCAAGGCCAGGAAGAAGACCAACGUCUUUGACCCGGAUUACCUGGCUGGAGUCUCUCCGUUUGUGGAGAAUGACAUCUAUAGCCGGGCAGCCAAUCUACAGAUCCGGGAUGUGGCACUGGGGGCAGGCAGGAGGCGAAUGAACCCCAACACCUCCAUGAAAAAGUUUGUCAAGAAGAGAUGAAGGGGGACGGCCCCUGCCUGCCGUAACAGGCGAAAUAAGCAGGACCAGGCCCGUAGCGCUGCAAGAGGAUCAGCUUUAGACCCUGACUUCCCCCUGGGACGGUGGACUGGCCAUGUUUCCCAAAUCCCUGCAGACCAGCAGAACCAGGGGAGAGAGCUGUAUCUCCAGGGAAGACUGGUGGGGAGGACUGGGCAGGUGCUGUGUUGGGAGCAGCACAAUCCCCCAAGCGAGGCACAUGCCCAGGUGGCUCCUGUGUAAGAGGCUGAGCCAUGCUGGCCUUCUCAAUAAAGCCACGUGAUCUGCA